GACUUGUCACAUCAUGAGAUCAUGCAGCCGAUUCCUACUGGUUUACCUACUGGGGAGCUGCUUUGGGGCAGCAAGUCCACAAAGCAAUGCAACCUGCACUACUGUCGAAACGUGUGGCCAGGUGCCAGAUCCGACCUCUCACUUCCUCCAGUGUGUGGGAUUGCCUUCGAAUGACACAGGGAGAGAUCACAUGCAGAGGCUGAAAGGAAUGCUUGAAGCGACGAUGGAUGUGUACACCUUCAUGAGGUCCAGCAUGACAGGAGUGCCACUUCUCAGCCUGCAGGGGGCCCUGGAAUUAGACCCCGGAGCAGACCCCCUUCAGAACGAAGCCCUGGUCCAGAUGUGGAUGGAGGUCACGAUAAAACCGCUGCUGAAAUCUAUCAACAAACACUUCCUGUCCUGCCUCAGCACGAAGACCUUCAGCUGCUCCACCUACCAGACUGUGGUGAGGGAGCUCAGCCACCAUUAUUCUGAGAUGAAUCCAGUCAGACAAAAGUGGAUCUACACAUUCUUUAUGUACCCCUUUCUGUCUGGAGACAGAGUAGCUGGUUGUGUGAGUCCACAGGAGAGCAGUGAGGAGUGGUUGCUGAAGAAUUUUGGUGCCUUCAGAGCCAUGGCCCGAAUGAAGGAUUUUUCAACACUUAACAUGGUCUUCAGCGGAUUGGAGGUUCUGAACCUGCUGUCUCCAGCGCAGAAAGCUGAGCUGCUGCUGAUGCCUGAGGUUGCAGGUUUAGACAACGACACCCUAAGCCUGGUCUUCCACAGUUUGUUGACAGGGGGCUCUGGCCCUCCACCCACACCCAGCCCUGGAGGUGCCUCCUACUGGACGAGCCCUGGAGCUGACCAAAACUUGACCUAUCCUGGUGGUAACCAAAACUGGACCUUUCCUGGUGGUGACCAAAACUGGACCUAUCCUGGUGGUGACCAAAACUGGACAAGCCCUGGAUACCCUUCUACCUAUCCUCCAUAUCCCACAUAUGACCCAUACCCACCACCAUCCCCAAAGAACAGCCUCAGACAGGUUGUGAAUGGUUUCAUGAUGGCUUUUAAACCCAUUGGGAGCUUCGUUCAUAACUUUGUGUCCUUCACACAACAGAGGAACGUGUCAGAAAUAAGAAGCACCACUCUGACCCAGUUCCUACUUAACUGGACUCUGGCUGAGCUGGCAGACACGUACAAGCAACAAGAACCAUCUGUAGUUCCAGAAACGCCAACGUUUGAUGUGACAAAUGUGGAGGAUUGGUACCAGUAUGUCGUGAUGCCGGUGUUACAAAGCUUCCUACCGAACGACAGGGCCCUCAUGCAUCAAAACAUCAUACUCGCCUUCCACCAAGUAUUCUAUCUAAAUAAUAGUAUGGACAACAACACCUCUGAAACUGUCAGUGAAGUGCAGGAUGUCUGUAGCAUCACGCUCGAUAAGAAUCCUUGCGGGCUGACUGAUGCGGUGGAAAAUGUGGCCCAUGUUUUGCACUGCGCUGCUCGUAGCAACCUGACAGUAUCCGAGGAGACGGUCAUGAGAUUGAUUGUAGAGCUGACAGAACGUCCGAACUCACUGAUCAAAGAGUUGUCAACAACAAACUUCCACGAGGUGGCGUCCGACUUUCAGCAGAUCUUUGGCAAGGCAGAGUCUCUGUCUCUGACCCAAGAACAUCUGAAUGACCCAGACAAGCUCAUCAAGCUCUGGUUUCAGAUCAAACUGGUUCCUCUUCUGCCUUACGUCCCCAUAGACAUUCUGUCCUGCCUCAGCACCAAGGACUUCUCCUGCCCAGUUUUCCAAACCCUUGUGGCAGAAUUUGGCAAACAUGAGCCUUCAGUGUAUCCUAAUUAUCAAAUCUAUCAGCUGUUCAUCCGUCCCUUCCUGCUGCAUGACCUAUCCCCAGUACCCCGGUGUUUCUCCUCCAAUCAAAGUGAAUGGCUGCUAAACAACUUUGGUGUCUACUCAAGUAUCAUCCGCAUCACUGACUUCUACAAGCUCAACUCUAACUUCUCUGGACUGGAGGUUCUUCCACUCUUGUCUCCAAGUCAGAUAGCAGACUUGCUGAUUUUACCUCUUCCUACUCCACCUGAGAAAGACGUUGUUAUUGACCGAGUAUUUGACUUCCUAUUGGAGUCCCCUGAAUACAUGAAACUUCCAGAGGUCCUGAGCAGCCUCCUCCAACACAUCGAUAAGAUACCCUGUGAUGUCUUCAAACACAUCUUUGAGAGAUUAUACGGAGCCAUACCACUUCUGCCACCAGAUUUGGAACCAGUCAUCUGGGAUAAUAUAAAUAUGCUGAUAAACCAGGCACCAGAUCCAGCGUGCGUGCCAGACAAUGUCAAGUGCCCAAUUACCCAGUACAAUGGUUCUGAAGUCUGCAGAGGAGUUAACAGCUCUGACCUGAACUCUUACCUAAACACACAUAUGGAAGUUCCCUGCAAUUUUGCCUUGGAGACAUAUGCAUGUGCACAGCUGGAGAACUUCACAGCCAAUCAGCUGGUGUCUCUUAUAGAGUGUAACCUGCCUGGAAACAGCAAGUACUCCAAAGUGCUGUGGAAGAUGCUGCUGACGAAGCUAUCAUUUGUCUUGGACCCAGCUCUGGACGUGCUGGCUAACAUGCCCAUGGCCACGGUUGGUCCAUCGGCGUCUCAGAUUUUGGAUGUGAUUUGGGAGAUGAGAGUGUCACUGCUGACUGAUGAGCAGCUGAUGAACAGCAGUGUCAUCGCAAAGAAGCUUCCUGCGCUGUCUGGCGGCAGAAACCUCAGCUGUGCUUCAUACCAGCAAAUACUGCAGGAACUGAUCCGCAAUUUUAAUACCUUCACCGGAAAUCAACGGCUUGGGGUCUUCCAUGAUUUCGUCCUCCGUUUCCUGUCACAGCCAAACUCAGGUUCAGGCUGUGGUUCUGUUUCCAAUGGCAGUGCAGAGUGGCUAAUGCAGAAUCUGGGUCCAUUUUCUGAGUUUUUGUCCCUUCAACAGCUGCUUGAUCUCAACCCAUACUUCAACCCUCUAGAGGCCCUACAACUCCUUACUCCGGUACAGGAUGCAGAGCUGGUGUUGACUUUUCCUACUUCUGUAGAGAAAUCCGUCGUCAUAAAUAUGGUUUUUGAUUACCUGACUAAGUCUCCUGAUGAGACAAACUUUCGCUUGUUCCUUCGCUACCUUGUCUAUUACCAUUUCCAGGGAAAAAUACCCUGUUCAUCAUACAAACUACUGUUUGCCAGAAUGGACUUGGCCAUUCCUACAGUUUCUCUUGCUGCAGCUUCAGACAUCGCGAUCACCAAGAUGCAGUUAUCCUUGUACACACCACCAGGUUGUCUCAUAUACACUUCAGAGUGCAAUGUUACCAUGACAAAUGGUAAGUUGUCUCACAGCUUAAAAAAAUCUACAACACGAUUCAAUAUUUUAAUGUUAAUAAUGGCCAUGAAUUCAUUUAUUGCUAUUUUUCACAGAAACAGACAUUUCACAGUGCUGCAGCUCGACCUCAGCGGAGGGAUGACCGAACGUGUCUGUGACUUUGCUGCUGAGGAAUUUGCCUGUGCCUCACUGUCAACGCUGCAAGCAGCAGAUCUGGCGGCGGUGUUGGCGUGUAAUCGCUCCUCCAACUCCAGCGGCUCGAGACCAGCCUGGAAGCUUCUCCUCUCCAAAGCCUCAAAUGUGCUGGAUGCAGCUCUGGAUCUUCUAACCAACACGACUCUGGACCCCUGUAAUCCUGCAGUUUCAGUGAUUUUAGACUCUAUACUUGAAAUCCGAUUGGACACAUUCAGCACGGCCAGCCUCAAUGAUCCCGCCCUCAUCCAGCUGUGGUUCAAUCUGCGGCUUCGCCCAUUCCUGCCCGCCGUUUCCCCCGAUUUCCUCUCAUGUCUCAGCACGAAGGGGUUGGACUGUAGCGCCUAUCAGCACAUCGUGCAGAUUUUGAGCAGUGUCCAGCCACGCAUGACACUCACCAGGCAGAUUUCUGUCUACACACACUUCAUCAAGGCUUACCUGACCUCAAAUAACACAGACCCCAGCUGCAGCUCAAACACUAGCAACAGUGGAGAGUGGCUGCAGAAGAACUUCGGAGGUUUCUCUGUCUUCGCGUCCUUCCAGGACCUGCAGAUGAUUUAUCCCAACUUCAUAGCGAUGGAAGCCUUACCGCAGCUGACCAUCAGACAGCUGGCUGACGUGUCGGCCACACCCAACCAGCUCACCUCUCCUGACCAGGUUGCCAUGGUGAUGCAGUAUAUACCCAGCCAAUUCCUCGCUGACUUCUUUGAUGACUUCUCACCUGCUAUCCUGGGUCAUGAAGACAUGUUGCCCAUUGUGGUGAGGUCAGCCAUGUUGCAAGUUGUGUUUGAUCGGGCAAACCUCUCAGAUCCCGCGGUGAGUGACUCAGUUGUGUCGCUGUGGCUCCAAAAACGACUGCCCCCCCUGCUGGUUGACCUGUCACUGGAGAAUGUCGCACCGUUCUUCAGAAUACUGGCGGGAAGAAACUGCAGCAUCGAGCAGCAGGGAGUUGAAGACCUGAAUUCAACAAUCUCCUCUCUCAGUGAUGUUACACAGAAAGAAAUCUACAACAACAUCGUUCAGACUCUCACAGAACCGAUACCUCUGCAGUGCUACGGUGACAACUACAACCGCAGUUUCAACAGUUUCCUGGAGAGCUCAUUCAUGGGAUUCCAGUUUCCCAACGUCACCACCUUCCUGUCCCUCAUGCCUCUUGACAGGGUGCAUCAGCUGGUGAACUCCAUACCUCCAUCAGAUCUUGCAGAUUUUCUCCGUCGCCCUGAUGUUGUCGACAACGAUGCAGAGCUCUGUGUGAUCUACAGCAACUACGUCCAGACACCGAUGUUCCUAGAGACCCAGGAGUCUCUCCCGGAGGGGGUGCGGCGGCCCACCCUGCCUUGCGUCUGGCCCAUGGCGCUUAGCAGCUCCGACAAGUCAGAGGUCAACGCCUGGUUUGACCAACGCCUCCAAAGCUAUUUGGGCUUCCUCACCAAGAGUCUGAUCAGCCCCAAUAUAACACACAACUCCUCCUGCCUGGCCUUCCAAAAGCUCGUGUCAGUCCUUGGGGAAUACAACUACACUGGUGCAGACUUUACGAGACAAGAUGUGUUCAACACCAUCAGCGCAUACCUCACCUCAGCGACGGUGCCAAGGUGUUACGACCCCAGCGAUCCAGAACUAAACUCCACAGCCUGGUUUGUUGAGUACAUCGGCCCUUUCAUACCUUUCCUCACUCUGGAGGAUCUUCAGACGUUUGGAUCUGCACAGGUUAUCCAGGUGUUCACGGUGAACCCUCUGAACAUCGCUCUCCUCCAAUACUCCAGUUUACCUCUCAACCUCACCAACUACUACACCCAGCUCAUUUAUCAACAGGACAGCAACUUCGACCCCUUACUACUUCCUCUGUUGUGGCGGUGUGUCGCUCCUGGUCCAGCAUUCAACCAGCUAACAUCAGAAGAAAGUAUAACAGUUCUACAGAACCUGACCACUCUCUGUACAGCCCUGAACCCACAGGUUGCUGCAGCUUUGGCAGGUAACUUUGGUGACAACAUCAAUGCUGCGGCCAUUACUGCCCUCGGCAGCCAAAGCAGCGGCCUGUCCACCGGUCAGAUCAACAUGAUAAAGCCUGAGGAUCUAUAUGCCGCCCUCUUCACUCUCAGCAGUGUUACAGACUGGAAUGAAGGCCAGGCCAGGGUCAUCAUCCUGUCUCUGAUGUCUUCAGGGCUUAUGAAGAUCAACAGCUCGUCAACGUUGUUCAUGCUGGGCUCUCUUGUUGUCGGUGUUCCUGCGAAAAUUUUCGGCAGCAUCAGUGGCUCCCAGCUGCUUACUUCAUCCAAAAAUCCUUCAUUCCUGGGAUACAUGCUGUCCGCUCCACAGAUCGUCCAGCAGAUCUUUGUUACUCAGAUUGUAUCAGUGAACAGCAACAGUGACACGAUCAUACAGAACGUUCCAGAUGAAAUGGCCACUCAGAUCCCUCGUGCUCAGCUGCUGGGCUUCUCAAAUAACGGCAGCGUUAUCACCACACUCAACCAGAAGACAUGGAAACCGCAGCAGGUUGAGUUGUUCUUUGAAAUAAUUGCUGUGGAAUCUGCCACCGCAGUGCUGGGAAGUCCAAACAAGUGA